AUGGCCCCGAACGCAACUGUGGAAGCAACCGGCGUGCUGAACGAGCUUGACGCCGAAACGAUCGACGGAGGUUUGGCGAAGGAUGUGACACCGCUAAAGCGUGCGGAAAAGCGCAAGAUAAAGCUGGUUUGGAGGAAUGUAAUUGCAUUUGGUUACCUUCAUCUGGCCGCCGUUUACGGCGCCUUCCUUAUGCUGACUUCGGCCCGUCUCUAUACCAUCGCAUUCGCAUUUGUCCUGUAUGUCGUAUCUGGACUGGGGAUUACGGCGGGAGCGCACCGACUGUGGGCACAUCGAUCAUACAAGGCGAAGCUACCCCUGCGUAUCAUACUGGCCGUGUUUAACACGAUCGCGUUCCAGGACUGUGCGCUGCACUGGGCCCGUGAUCAUCGGGUACACCACAAAUACUCCGAAACCGAUGCCGAUCCGCACAACGCAACUCGUGGAUUCUUCUUUUCGCACAUCGGUUGGCUGCUGUGUCGCAAGCACCCGGAAGUCAUCGCCAAGGGCAAACAGUUGGACAUUGCGGACUUGGAAAGUGACCCCGUGCUGCGUUUCCAACGCAAACAUUACAUGAUUCUUAUGCCGCUGCUCUGUUUUGUUCUGCCCACGAUUGCUCCGGUGUACUUCUGGAACGAAACCUGGACCAAUGCGUGGUUCGUUGCCACGCUGUUCCGCUGGACAUUCAUUCUGAACGUGACCUGGCUGGUGAACAGUGCUGCCCAUAAGUGGGGCGAUAAGCCGUACGAUAAGUCUAUCUCACCCUCGGAGAAUCGCACAGUGGCUUCGUUCGCGUUUGGCGAAGGAUGGCAUAACUAUCAUCACGUGUUCCCGUGGGAUUACAAGACGGCCGAGCUGGGCAACUACCGAAUGAACCUGACGACGGCAUUCAUCGAUUUCUUCGCCAAGAUUGGUUGGGCGUACGAUCUGAAGACGGUCUCGCAGGAAAUUGUGGAGAAGCGCGUCAAGCGCACCGGAGACGGUACCCACACGACCUGGGGCUGGGGCGACAAGGAUCAGGAUCAGUACGAGGUGAAACAUGCAACCAUCAUCAACCAGAAGGAGGAUUAA